AUGGAAAAAACAAUCCUACUUGUAUUACUUUGCUUUAUUCUUAUUAUGUCAAUGGCUCAAGGUGUUGUAUUAGGAGAAUCCAAAGCUGUUGAAAAAUGGUUCUAUAAGCUUCCUCAUGCAAAGCAAAAGGUAACUAAAUUUCGUUUCUAUUUUCAUGACAUAGUUAGUGGGAAAAAUCCAACUACAGUUCAAAUAGCCCAAUCCAACAUGACUGCCAAAUCCCCAACUGCCUUUGGGUUUGUUUCAAUGAUAGACGACCCACUAACAGUUGAACCAGAGCCCAAUUCAACAAUAGUGGGCCGAGCCCAAGGGAUUUAUGGUUCAGCUGAUCAAAAUGAGGUUGCCCUUCUCAUGACUCUCAACUUUGUGUUCACAACUGGCAAGUAUAAUGGUAGCACGUUGAGUGUACUUGGUCGGAACCCUGUAUUUCACCAGUAUCGUGAGAUGCCAAUUGUUGGUGGUUCUGGAGUUUUUCGGUUGGCUCAGGGAAUUGCCGCGGCGAAGACGUAUUCGCUCAAUACGACCAAUGGGGAUGCUAUUGUUGAGUAUAAUGUUAAAGUCCUGCAUUAUCAUGAUAUUUAA